CCUCCUCGCCGCCACCAUCCGCCAAAUCUAUCUCUCUCUGGUCUAGUGUUCACCACGCUCACCCAAAGUUGCUCUGAAGCUCAUCGCUUCCAAGAAACCAACGCAACGGCUCCGCCAUGGAGGACCUCCUGCUGCGCCAUGCCAGCAACGGCCGCCUCUCGAGGCCAGCGCCACCCCGCCGCCUCCACGUCGCUGCCGUCGCGCUAAGGUCCAGGCCGAGCAGCAGCCUCGCCAUCCCGGGCUUCCCGCCCGCGACGGCGCCGGCACCGGCACCUGCCCUGGAGCACGUGCUACCGUCGCCGCCCGUCGCCGCGGACGCCGCGGCCGUCCUGCUGGAGGCGGGCGUGCCGCAGGAGGACCUCCGCCGCGCGGCGGGGAUGUGCCCGGAGCUGAUGUCCGUGCCCGUCGAGACCAUCGCCGCCGCGCUGCGGUUCCUGACCGACGAGGCCGGGGUGCCCGCCGACGACCUCCCGCGCGUGCUGCGGCGGCGCCCGCGCCUGCUCGUGUCCCCCGUCGCCGCGCGGCUCCGGCCCACGCUCUACUUCCUCCGCGCGCUCGGCGUGCCGGACAUCCACCGCCGCGCCGACCUGCUCUCCUUCUCCGUGGAGGACAAGCUGCUCCCGCGGAUCGAGUUCCUCCAGUCGCUCGGCCUCCCCGCCCGCGCCGCGCGCUCCAUGGCGCGCCGCUUCCCGGCGCUCUUCUACUACAGCGUCGACGCCAACAUGCGGCCCAAGGCGGAGUACCUCCUGGGCGCCAUGGGCCGCGACGCCCACGAGCUCUUCGACUUCCCGGAGUACUUCUCCUACGCGCUCGACACGCGCAUCGCGGCCCGCCACCAGGCCUGCGCCGCGCGCGGCGUCAGGAUGCCGCUGCCGGCCAUGCUACGGCCCGGGGACCCCAAGUUCGAGGCCUCCCUCGCCGGCUGCGUCGGGUCCACGCCGCCACGCCGCCGCUCGCCCCUCUGGCACGCCUACUGGGUGGACGGCGAAGGCGCCGGCCUAGGUGACGUCGUAGACAAGGCCCGGCGUGACGACGCCAGCGCGGCAUCGUACCGCCAUGUGCAUUAGUAGACGAUCUUGGCUGUGUAACCCUGUAAGCUGUGCAUAAACUGGGACAUGUGAUCUGUAAGUAUGAUACCGUCCGCUGGGACUCUCUUGUUAAUCAAACAAUCGAUCAUCAAGGGAACAUCUCAUACUUCAUA